UCGAUGCAAUACGUCACUACCUGGUAUAUCUGACCGGCUUGGUCUACGUGUUUGACGUGUUACAAACAAACAUUAAUGAUUAAUCCGUGGGUGGAGGACAUGAAGGUAUGCUGAAAACAGCGGUAGCUAAAAUGCUGAAGUCAUGUGUGACGUACGACGCGUAGACGUCGGAUUUGAGAAGCAUUUCCGGUCACAUCACGCCAGUGCUACCGCGCCGCUGUGUAAAGUAGGAUCUUGUUUGGAGGCACCGUGUGAGCAGUGACCGAGGAUACAGGAAGUGUAAGUGUUUAUUUGGGAGACAAAACAUCGGAUGACAGUUCCCUUACACUACCAGGAAACCAUGAAAAGCUGUGAAUAUCAACAAAUAGAUCCUCAUGCACUCUCUACACCAACACCUGGACACACAAUAGCUCCUUCUCCGGGUCCUUGCCAGGAAAAGAAGCCCAGCCGGCUCAAGAGGAAAUGGGAAGUGUUUCCGGGAAAGAAUCGCUUUUACUGUGAUGGUCGGAUCAUGGUGGCACGUCAAAGCGGUGUUCUCCCUCUCACCAUGGGGCUCAUCCUCGUCACCAGCGGCUUGUUUUUCGUGUUUGAUUGUCCUUUCUUGGUUGAACACCUGACUGGCUGCAUACCAGUGAUUGGAGGAGUCCUUUUUGUGUUUGUGGUCAUCUCCCUAUUUCAGACCAGCUUCUCGGACCCUGGCAUUCUUCCUAGGGCGACACCUGAGGAGGCAGCUGACAUUGAGAAACAGAUUGAUAACCCCAACGGUUGUACCUCAUCCUAUCGCCCCCCUCCUCGCACCAAGGAGGUCGUUAUCAACCAGCAGGUUGUUAAGCUAAAGUACUGCUUCACCUGCAAGAUCUUCCGGCCGCCACGCACCUCCCACUGCAGCUUAUGUGACAACUGUGUAGAGCGGUUUGACCACCAUUGCCCCUGGGUCGGAAACUGCGUGGGAAAGCGCAACUAUCGCUUCUUCUACAUGUUUAUCGUCUCGCUGUCCUUUCUCACUGCCUUCAUCUUCGGCUGUGUGACUACACACUUGGCUCUGAGGUCACAAGGAGGACACGGGUUGGUUUUUGCACUCCAAGCGAGUCCUGCUAGUGCUAUAGAGUUAGUGGUUUGCUUCUUUUCAGUUUGGUCUAUUUUAGGCCUCUCAGGUUUCCAUACAUACCUGGUUUCUGCUAAUCUCACCACAAAUGAGGAUAUUAAAGGUUCCUGGUCAGGGAAGAGUGGGAAUGAGGAAACUGGGAAUCCUUACAGUCAUAACAACAUUUUAAAAAACUGCUGCUCAGUGCUCUGUGGGCCCAUGCCUCCCAGUUUAAUAGAUAGAAGAGGCUUUGUGCCGUUAGAGAACGUUGUCCACGCGGGUCCCACAGAGAUCGGUUUUCCUGCUGCAAAAAACGACAUCAACAUGUCUCCCCUUCACAUUCAGAGCCACUCGACAGCCUGAGUGAUCACAUGCCUACCCCAAACCAAGCAUCUCCACCUUACCUGGAUGAACCAUAGGAGUCGACUUUUUGUUUUGUUUUUCGGCAUGUGAAACGCUGUUCCUAUUAUUAAAUAUUAAUAUCAAAGUCUCUGGGAUGAGCUUGGACACAAGGUUCAUAUUGGUUGUCCUCACCUCCUUUUUAAUGUGAGGAAUUGCCAAUAAAUUCAGCUGUUGAGCUUGCUUGACUCGAUGUCAUGUGACUCCAUGUCUUUGCAUGUACUUCAGGACUUUGAAAUGCAUUUUCUAAAUGGAAAGAGGAAAUGAAAUCUGUUACUGUAUGCAAAGUUAUGUAUUUGUGAUCCGACUGCUUAUAAUAAGUUGGGUUGCGUUGAUUACUGUAAAGGAAGUACUGUAGGGGCAAUACAGCUGUUACUGUAUCUGAGAUCAUGGUAUUGCACAAACAUGGAAUUUAAAAAAAAAAUGAGCUAGUAGUUUUUAAUCAGUACAUUUUAUAUUGGAACAUUUGUUUACAUCUUAGCUCAGGGUCUUUUGUACAAGUUUGUGGUUGGUUGAUUCACUAGAUGCUGCUUUGUGUUUGGGUUUGUCAAUCACUGUCAAUAUUAACGUUAGUGCAGUAUUAUCUGAUGCUUUUGCUCACAAAAGUCACACUGUUUACAGUAUUGGAGCAUUAAAUCAGUAAUCCUGUAACUGUUUUAUUUUUUAUUAAUUUUUUUUUUUCUCCCAAGAAACUGGUCAGUUUUUAAACCUCAGAACUAAUGCACUAUUGAAAUACUGCCUUACCAACAACUCACGCUGUCUGCUUGACUGCGUCUAUGGCUUUUUAAAUUUUUUUUAUUCCUGACACAGAGUAGCCAUGUUAAUGAAUCCGAAUUGGCCUCCUGUUUACAGUUUGAUCAAGUGCUUAUGAGUGGAGACUAAGAGAUGCGCUUUGCUGUUGAUGUUACUCAAAUCCACAUAGAUGCCUUAUGUUAUAUGAUUGUGUUAGGAAGAGAAAAUCUUUAUUUUAAGCCAUUUGCAUAUAGAGAACAUGCGGUACUAUUUUUAAGAGAACAAUACUAUGUGAUUUGCUGCAAAACAAAGGAUGUCCAGCAUGUUUGUUAUAUUUUAUACGUCUUUCUAGUUCACUAUUGGGUCAUGCUGUCUGUUUGUGUGUCUAUUUUUUUUAAAUCUAUAUUUCACAAAUGUUAAAUAAACUUUUUUUUAAAAAAAGUACAA